AUGGUUGGCGCCACGAACAAUCGUCGCAACAAGACUUUUACGUUGCAAGAUACCUUCCAGAAAAUGCAAGGUUUAAAAAAUGAUGGCGAACAUGGCAGUUGCAACAGCACGCCAACAGCGUAUUCGGACAAGCUCGAGGAGAGAACAUCACCGCUUAAACUGGCGAAGCCACACCAACGCAAGAAGUUUAAUUAUGUUGCAAAGGCUGACAAUCAUGACGAUCAUCGAGAUCUGUCUUCUAGGCCGAUACGCAUCUUUGUUGGCACAUGGAAUUGUGCCUAUCAAGACGGAGAUGAAACAGUGAUACUGAAGCCUCCAAAAAACGAAACGAGCUGGACAAAACGGGUUUGUCGUCCUGUUAAAACUAUAGUAAACAUUAUGGGACGCCUAUUCAAUCGUUUAGGCAACUGUUACAGGGGAGGAGCUGAACAUCUCAAGAACGGUAUCGGAGGGAUGCUGGGUAGAAAAGAUCACCACAAUUUGCCCCAUGCUCAUAGCAAAGAAACGACGAACGAAUCGCACUAUAGCACAUCAGUAGAAACAUCGCUAGAAGGUUUGUUCAACGAAAAUGGGAAAACUGUGGCACGGGAUGAUGAGGUUUCACCUUUACUACUCAAGUCACAUCGUGGAACCAAGAAAAAAAAUGAAGCCAUAAAAAACAAUGUUCAGGGCUUGGGGACGCAUAAUUCGAAGAAGUCACAACGUGGCUGUACUGCCUGGAUGAAGAGACAUGGGAGAGCAAGAAAAUCACCGCCACUUCAUGACGGAGGUUUCACUUCAACCGAAAUUGAUACAGAUGUUCCUGUUAUACCUAUGGUAUGUAGUAGUUCUCUAACUACCUCUUCAGGUUCAACCACUCUGUCAAAAAUUCAACGCAGUAGUAAGAAACUUCCAAUGAGAAGCAGGAAGGUGUCUACGGAAUCAGGCAUGCAUGGUUUCACUAACUUUACAAAAGAUAAGAAGAUAGGACCACAAAAAGGGCAGUCCUCCAUUAUGCUACGUCGCAGCACACGACAAUUGAAGCCUCUUACAGCGGAUGACAAGGAACCGUUGAGUGACUGGAUACCCCGUGGGUAUGAUAUUUAUAUCGUAUCUCUACAGGAGACACUUUCUUGCACUAUGUUCGUGUCUAUCACCAAGUAUUUGGAACGACACUCAUCUGAACCAUUUGUGCGAGUGCCUCUUGAGCAUUUCAAGCUUUCAGGACGAGGAGAUGGUGCCCUUCUUCAUACCAAGAGUACUAGCAUAGCAGUCUGGGUUCGGAAGUCCCUACUAGACUCCGGGAAGGUAUAUGUCGGUGGAUCCAAGACCAUACCUCUAAGCCGCAUAAAUCGAAGCAAAGGAGUGGUCAGCUUUCAGAUGUGCAUAUUCGGUCACAUCAUAGGUGUUGUGGGGUGCCAUUUGCCCACCAAUUACCAUGCCAGGGAAAAGGCAGCGGAGUACAUGGUCAAAAAAUUAUGCAAUGCAUAUGGAACGCCAGGAGCUUCACUCGAUGAAGUGUUUCAUCACAUUAUAUGGACUGGCGAUUUCAAUUUUAGAGUCACGGAUAUCUCUCCGGAGGAGGCCCUUACGCUACUGAACACAGAUCGUGUUCAUGAAUUGUUUUACCACGACGAAUUUUACAACGGAAGAGCUUCAACAUUUGCUGCCAUGAAAUUUGAGGAGGGUACAGUCCGUUUUCUUCCAACUUACAAGAUGCGGGACGACAGGGAUGUUGCAGAUUACACCAAUGGCAAAUGGGCAGAUGUGGACUACCAAACACGUAUAGAAAGUCACUGGUACAAAGGGUGUAAUGUAGAGGAACGUGUGCCGUCGUGGACUGACCGUGUUAUUAAGUGGUCGCUACCAGAACUGCGUACCUGUCUGCUGAUCGACCACCAUACUUACCGUGCGGUGCGUCCGACUGUCAAAAAUAUACUUAUGACAAGCGAUCACUCUCCCGUCGGCUGUUGUUUUGGUGUUUGGCCGGUGCGUAAUGUUACGAAAUUACCUCCAAGGAAAAAUCAGAUUUUUUCAUCUUAG